GAAUGGGAGGCAAAUAAUAUACGGCAUGUAGAAGCAAUUGUUAAUAAUCUAGACUGUGUCUAUACUAUUCUCAAAGAUAUUGAAAAGGCAAAAGGUAAAAGAUUACAUACUACAACUUGGCAUGGAUCAAAACCUUGGACUUUGUAUCU